CUUCACAAACUCAUUUCUCUACAUAACCACACCCAUCUCCCUGUGUAUGCACACCCACAUAUGGUCCUCACUUUCACAACCUAAUGCUCACAAACACCCAAACCCACUUGAACCCUCACUUUCCCCUCUCCGCUAAAGUUGAACAGCCGGACUCCGGCCAGACAUGGCGUAGCCGGUGACGGCAGUGGGUCCCAGCGACGGCCCUCCUCCGCUCUCGGUCUGUUUCUCCGACACACAUCAGCCGACACAACACCCCCCCCCCCGAUGAACACCAGCGGCGGCGACCAGAUUGAACGACAGAGAGAGAACCGGCGGAAAUGGUGGUGAGCGGCGGUCAGUCGACAGAGAGGGAAAGACGGCGAGGAGAGAGAGACGGGGCAGAGGUGACGGACCGGAGGUCGAAGAUUUGGUCCAGCGGUCGCUGCCUUGGACCGACGGAUCUUGUCGUUAUCCGAUGGAUUUCGCCAUUUUUCCGGCGAUGGAGGUUAUCCGACGAACCAGUUACUCCGGCGACACCUUUCUCCGAUAAUACCCCCCCCCCUCUCACAACUCUCUGUUCUCUUUUGAAUAUUUUUUUUAAGAUCCGAGUAGAUUGGGUGGUGUUUCAGAUGUUCGAUGAUGAUGAGGUUGCCACUGUGUUGAAGAUGAUGAUGAAAAGACUCGAGUGGUUCAGUUGCAGAUUUGCAUCGGGUUUUCCGGGUUACAUUUUUGGCUCGGGUCUCAGUUCUUUCGGGUUCAGUCAACCCAGUCAACACGUCGGGUUGACUGGUCAACGCCAGUCAACUGGUCAACAUCAAGUCAACGGCUCGGUUUCGGGUUUUGGACUCAGCAGGUUCGGGUCAAUUGUGGUUCGGAUCAAGAUUUCGGUGCGGUCAACGGUUUUGGUCGACUCGGUUGGACCGAGUCAACUAGGUCAAACCUGGUCAACUCAGCCGGUCAACCCGGCUGACUUGGUCAGAUUGGUUUUCGACACGAGAAGAUGGUAA